AUGGCCUCGGAGAGCAUGUUCGAGUCAUUUCCUUCGUACCCACAGUGCUUCAUGCGGGAUGCCAGCACGAGCCGCCGCUUCACGCCGCCGUCCACCGCGCUGAGCCCGGGCAAGAUGAGCGAGGCGCCGCCGCUGGGCGCCCCGGACGCCGCCGGCCUGGCCGGCAAGCUGAAGAGCGGCGACCGCAGCAUGGUGGAGGUGCUGGCCGACCACCCCGGCGAGCUGGUGCGCACCGACAGCCCCAACUUCCUCUGCUCCGUGCUGCCCACGCACUGGCGCUGCAACAAGACGCUGCCCAUCGCCUUCAAGGUGGUGGCGCUGGGGGACGUCCCGGACGGCACGCUGGUCACGGUGAUGGCGGGGAACGAUGAGAACUACUCGGCCGAGCUGCGGAACGCCACGGCGGCCAUGAAGAACCAGGUGGCCAGGUUCAACGACCUGCGGUUUGUCGGCCGCAGCGGACGAGGGAAGAGCUUCACGCUGACCAUCACCGUCUUCACGAACCCGCCGCAGGUCGCCACGUACCACCGAGCCAUCAAGAUCACCGUGGACGGGCCCCGGGAACCUCGAAGACACCGUCAGAAACUAGACGAUCAGACCAAGCCGGGCAGCUUGUGCUUUUCCGAGCGGCUCAGUGAGCUGGAGCAGCUGAGGCGCACGGCCAUGCGGGUCAGCCCGCACCACCCCGCCCCCACGCCCACCCCGCGCGCCUCCCUGAGCCACUCGGCGGCCUUUAACCCUCAGCCUCAGAGCCAGAUGCAGGACACCCGGCAGCUCCAGCCGUCCCCGCCCUGGUCCUACGACCAGUCCUACCAGUACCUGGGCUCCAUCGCCUCCCCCUCCGUGCACCCAGCGACGCCCAUCUCGCCGGGCCGGGCCAGCGGCAUGACCACCCUCUCCGCGGAGCUCUCCAGCAGGCUCUCCACGGCCCCGGAGCUGACGGCCUUCGGCGACCCACGCCAGUUCCCGGCGCUGCCCUCCAUCUCGGACCCGCGCAUGCACUACCCGGGCGCCUUCACCUACUCGCCGACACCCGUCACCUCGGGCAUCGGCAUCGGCAUGUCGGCCAUGGGCUCGGCCUCGCGCUACCACACGUACCUGCCGCCGCCCUACCCGGGCUCCUCGCAGGCGCAGGGCGGCCCGUUCCCCGCCGGCUCGCCGUCCUACCACCUGUACUACGGCGCCUCGGCCGGCUCCUACCAGUUCUCCGUGGUGGGCGAGCGCUCGCCGCCCCGCAUCCUGCCGCCCUGCACCAACGCGUCCACGGGCGCCGCGCUGCUCAACCCCAGCCUGCCCACGCCCAGCGACGCGGGCGAGGCCGAGGGCAGCCACAGCAGCUCGCCCACCGUGCCCGCCGCGCGCCUGGAGGAGGCCGUGUGGCGGCCCUACUGA